AUGUCAAGCAAGGUUCCCGCUCUCCUAGAGUCGUAUCUCGGGCUGCCCGAGGAAGCAUCGCUGAUAGUCUUGACAAAUGUCAUGGGGGCAACGACAAAUUGGCUGGUUCUACGGUAUCUCUACUCAUUACUGCAGGGGCGAGGCGCUGGCGCAGAUGAUGCAGAGACGAACUCUGGAGUUGUGCUUGUGAGCUUCAUGAGAGACUUGGCAUUUUGGAGAGAGGGCGCAAGCAGACUAGGUUUGGACCUGGACGGCCUAAGUAGGGCCGGCAAGUUUAGUUUCGUAGACGGCUUGACGGGCCUGCUCUCAGGAGGCCAGGGCUCAGAGUCUACUGGAGACAAGGGAAGGAUUCUAAAGAGUGGGAAGCUGGAUGAUGUGAGGAGAGGCAUCGAAGCAGCGAUUCGAGACGUGAGACUUGAAUCCAAAGUCUUGAUUGUUGAUCAACUAGACGAACUGUUGGCGAUAUCCGGAGAGGACGAUGUUACUGGGCUGGCACUGGAGGGGAUGCUGUUUUCUCUGAGAGAGCGAGUUCAUGCGACAAUCCUCACAUUCUCUGCAGACGACGCUCUCCUGCGCGCCCAAACCACAUCGUUGGAGCGCUCGCACGCGGCGUUGGUGCUCGCUCAGACGCAUGCUGCAGAUCUAGUCCUUAGCCUCAGGUUGCUAGACACGGGUGUGGCCAAGGAUGUCAGCGGCGUGGUGAGAAUUGCGGUGCGUAAGGAGGAGGAGGAGAGUGCAGAGUACUUGUAUCACAUUGGGGCGGAUGGGAAUGUGAAGGUAUUUGAGAGAGGGACGUGA